CAAUGGCGUCUCUUUCAACUUGUGCUUUCACUACCAGAUAGCUCUCAUCCUUUACUUCUUCAAACUCGUCUCUAAUCUCUUCUGCUUCUCCUCUCUCCAUCUCCUGCAGAACCCAGCUGGCUGGCUCUGUUCACUCUGAGAAAGUUCAACAACUGCACAUGUACAAGAUCAAUGAGCCAGAACGUGCAAGUCCUGCCAUUCUCCGGCUGAAUCAGAAUUUAGGAAUGGGUGGUAUCGGAAAAACUGAUAAAGGUAUACUAAAUCCUUGGGUAUGUAAUUUAUUCCUUCAAGGUCAUAACUAAACCUUUGAACUUAUACGUGAUUAUCAAGUAUUAUUUAUUAACUUCAGAUUUGUUGUUUAUUACUAGCCUCCUUUUGUUUCAUCUUGCUGGUUUGAUUUUUUUUUCCUGUUCAUACAAUUGUUUGACUGAAAUUACAUACUUUCAUCAAUUCUAUUCAUUGUUUUUUAAUAUUGUUCUCUGUCGCUUCAUUUAAAAACUCAUUUAAUACUGCCUCUGGGUCGUAGAUGUGUCAAUGCCCCAACUCGAUCAAUAAGCUAAGUGGCCAAACGGGUUGAUCAGAUGUUGGAGAAUGGAAUGGUGGAUGAGCUGAGGCCACUUUUCAAUCCAAAGAGAGACUACUCGCGAGGGAUCAGAAAAGCUAUUGGAGUUGCUGAGUUCGAUCAGUAUUUUCAAAAGGAAUCGCUUACCAUGGAUGAAGGAAUCAAGCAGAGGUUAGUGGAAGAAGCGGUAAAUAAUGAAAUGAAGAAGAACACGCACGAAUUGGCACGUAAACAAUUGGGGAAGAUUCACAGGCUGCACAAAGUGAAGAGAUGGAAAAUUCAACGGCUAAACGCGACAACCUUGUUCUGCAAGCAUGGGGAAGAAAGAGGUGGUAGAGCCGAGUGCGAUGAUGGUCGCCAGGUUCCUUUACGAUUUUCCCUCUGCUAAUGUUGGCGCUGGCCUUAGACAAUCAUCAUCAUCGGCCCUGGGAAGCGCCGUGGCAGCGGCUCCGUGCUAACUGCUGAAUGCCGACGUCUCACCAUCUUCUGGGCUUAACCUAUUUACUGCGGUUACGAUUUACAAUUCCCCUGUGUCCAUGUCAAUAUUUAAUUGGAAGAAUUUCAAAAAAGACUCCUUGACCAAAGAUAUUAAAAAAAAAAAUAACAGUCGUAAUUUCUGAAA